AUGCGGGAGCUACUGGAGAGCAGCUGGAUGAGGUUUGGACCAGCAGGCAGGGGGUCGUACGACUGGGUGACAGGAUCACCUUCAACACCGGAGAAGCAGGGUCACAACUGGAAUGAGCUGGACCUGGGAGAGGACAGAAAGUCAGAGCUGGUGGUUUACGUGGUCCUCCCGGUCGUCUCCGUCCUCCUGCUGGCUCUCCUGGUCGGUCUGGUCUACCGCCAGUGGUCCCGCAGCAAGCUGAGCCUGGCCAACAUCAUCGCCUUGGACCUCGACGACACUGAGAGCAGCGCCGAGUUCCUCUCCUCCCUCACCAGGAACGCAGAGCGCCACACCAGCACCAGCUCCGAUGGAUCGGACGGAGUCUUUGUCAUGGUCUACCUGCCUCCACCGUACGAAGAAACCCUCACCAAGAUCACGCGGGCCGCCAGCCUCUCCAGCUCCAAGGACGUGGAGUCGAUGAAGAUAGAGGACCUGGAGGCCAAGCUGUGUCCAGAGCUCAAGUCCAGCGGCCAGUAUGUGUGA